GCGCCUGGCUCCCUGAUGCGCUCUUUGCUCUCCAGGCACUGCUGGGUCUGCUUCGCCACAGAGCACGAGGACCGGGCUGCCGAGUGGGUCUGCCCCUGCCGCUGCAAAGGCUCCACCAAAUGGAUCCACCAGGCCUGCCUGCAGCGCUGGCUGGACGAGAAGCAGAAGGGCAACAGCACGGGCAGCGUGAGCUGCCCGCAGUGUGGCACUGAGUACCGCAUCGUCUUCCCCAAGCUGGGGCCCCUGGUGUAUUUCCUCCACCAGGUGGACCAGAUCCUGUCCAGAGCCAGCCCCUUCGCCAUGGCCGGCAUCGUGGUGGGGACGGUGUACUGGUCGGCUGUCACCUAUGGGGCCGUCACGGUGAUGCAGGUGGUCGGCCAUAAGAAGGGGCUGGAUGUGAUGGAGCGGGCAGACCCCCUCUUCCUGCUCAUGGGACUGCCCACCAUCCCCGUCAUGCUGGUACUGGGUAGGCUGAUCCGCUGGGAGGACUACGUGCUGCGUGUCUGGCGGAAGUACUCCAGCAAGCUGCAGGCCCUGCAGGCCCUGGUGCCAGGGAUUGGGCGCCCAGUGCCCCCGGGGCCGCUGGCCGAGUCUCGCCCCCAGAGCGACCACCCGUCCCUCUCACGAACGCUGUGCGGGGCCCUGGUGUUCCCCACCGUCGCCAGCCUGGUGGGCAGGCUCCUCUUCCGGCGGGUGGACUCCAGCCUGCAGCGCACCAUCCUGGGCGGCAUCACCUUUGUGGCCAUCAAGGGGGUGCUCAAAGUCUACUUCAGACAGCAGCAGUACCUGCUCCAGGCCAACCGGCGCAUCCUUGACUACCUGGAGCCAGGCCCCACGCCCCUGGACGAGGACAGCAGCACCGAGGGCAACCUCAGCUAGGCCUGGAGCCUGGCCCCUGCUCACAGCUCCUUGGCCUGUCGGGCCGUGCCCUGCAGUCACAGCCUGGGGACAGAGCCCUGCCCUGAGUCCCCCCAUGGGAGGCUGUCUCCUGGCCCUGGCCCUGCCCCCUUUAUAAAUAGCCACUGGAAAUACAAACCUUGUUUGAACAGC